AUGCCGGUUGUUCUCCAAGCAGGCUCUUUUGGCCGAAUAAGGCUGAUAUAUGUUUUAGUGCAGUAUGUUGACGAAACGCCCAAGUUUGGCCAUACGGCUGUGGAUUCAAGCAGCGGAACCCCAAUCUUGAACAGCUCGGCCGCUGGCGUCUCACCUCCAACACCGGCUUUUACCCCGUCUCACUAUAGUCAUAUUUAUGGCUCUACGCCAGAGACCCUGACGACCAUUGACGCUCCGAAGAACUAUGGCCAUGCCCCCUGGCCCCGUAUCAGUCCACGAGAGGCAUGUCUCCUUCGGUAUUUUAUCGAGGAACUCUCACGUUGGUUCGACCUCACCGACCCGCACAACAACUUCGCUACUUCGAUACCGCAGCGCGCCCGCUCCAACCCGAUUUUGCUUGAUGCCAUCCUCGCCGCAUCAGCCCGCCACUUUAGCACCCUUCCAUCAGACCAAAAGGCGCAUAUUAUGUCUCACUAUGGCCUCUCACCAUUGCCAUCACAUAUCCAUGACUCGAACUCCGAGUUGAGUAUCACUGAGGAGACAGUCAUUCACUAUCAUAGUCGUUGCAUUGCGGAGCUACGGGUGCUCGCUAAUGAGCCACAUGCUGUCAUGGACGAGGACCUCCUUGCUGCGGUGGUCGUGCUGAGGUUCUUCGAGGAGUUGGAUAACCCCUUCACAUCACCACCCACCGAAACAGCCUUGCACGGCCUUCAUGUUUUCCUCCGCGCGCAGGCCUCAUCUGCCCUUCUGGUUCCUGGUCCUCGGCAAGCAUCAUUCUGGAUCGGAUUCAGGCAGGAAUUCAACCUGGCAUUCUCGCAGCAGCGGAAUACGAACUUGCCACUCGAGAUUACGGACUCGUAUCUGAUUUUCACAGGAGCCGAAGAUCAUGUCUGGACAAAUCGGCUGGUUGUGCUGGGGGCGAGGGUCCUGGAGUUCUCCUAUGGUUCCAGCCCAAGCAAUGACCUGGAAUUCAACGAGCUUGUCCGGUUACGGGACGAAUGGGUCGACAAGAGACCGCGAUCCUUCGCACCUAUCUACACCGAAAGUCCCGACAUGGACACCGCCUUCCCCAAAAUCUGGUACACAGACGACAGCCACAUAACCGCGGCACAAACCCUACUACUUAUCAACAUCCUCCUCCUCGCAUACUCGCCCUCCAUCCCACGAAUCGGACCAUCACGCAGACAAACGCUCGAGUCCAUCGACGCACAAAUUAGGACAAUAGUGCUAGAAAUCUGCGGGAUGGCGCUGUCAAAUCGGCAGAGCAGACCAGCGGGCUUGACGGCGUGCAUUGCGAUCAAUCUAUGUGCGGAUCGGUUUACGGAUCCCCAAGAGCAAAGGGCGCUUAUGGGGUUGGUUGUUGGCACGACGAGGGAUAGUAAUUAUUGGCCAACGAAAGAGGCGGAACGGAGGUUGAGGGGGAUUUGGGGUUGGGAUGGGGAUGAUGAUUGA